AUGGUGGCAGAAUACUCGAGCUAUAUUUUCAACCAUCAUGAUGGAUGGGCAACAUUACCAGAUUUCUUGUUGGAAGAAAUAUUUUCUCGACUUCCACCAAAAUAUCUUGCACGAUGUGCACAGGUUUGCUCAAACUGGUAUCGUCUGGUAAAUUCGGACUAUGCUUGGCAUGAAUUUCAUUUCCAGGAUUUUAUGUUUACCAGGCGACGUUUUACCUUACAUGCUGGAUGGCAAAUGUACAUUGAUCAUCCACGAAUCAGGAUGCUUAUAGUACGGGCAACACCAAAAUGGCGAAAACUUGUGAUUGAACCGAUUACAAUUCUGUUUAAUUUAUACGAAUUUUUUCGUCUCUUAGCAAAUGCACCAAAAGUUUGUGAUGGUAUUUAUGAGAAUGAUAGACCGUUGAAUAAAAUUCGAUCAUUCAGUUUUGAAUGGAGGCUUCAUGUUCACGAAGGAGACCGAGAACAGGAAAUGGUUCAAAUUGGUACCGGUGGUGAAAUGUUACGAUCACUUCUGUUUCUAUUAUCACAGUUGGAUGGACUUGUUGAUUUGGCAUUACGUGAAUUACAGUUGGAAGUUUGGGAAGGUGGCGUUUUCCUUGAUGAGGUAUUAUAUAAAUUCGGAUCACAACUUUCUUCACUUUGUAUUAUCAAUUUUACUGCCACAGCACAAUCAUUUUUACAAGUCAGUUUAUUCCUUGAACUACGUCGUCUGGUUUUAUCGGCACAACAUCUGAAUGAAGAUGUUGUCACCUUAAUUGGUGAUCUCAAACUACUGCAAUCAUUUAUCAUAUAUCAGGUAGGCAGGAAACAGUUUCUGUUACAGAAUGAUAAAACAACUGGUGCAAAACCUGUCAGUAUGAAAACUUGGUUAUUAUUUAAGCAGAAUAAUAAGCAUACAAAAAUUUAUUUACAACAAUCAGGUAACUAUAUAUUAAUUUGUAAUAAACAAUUUUCUUUUGUUUUAUCACAGAGUGUUUGGUAG